AUGGCACUCAGAAACACCUUCAAUUCUGCGGCACGUCGUAUGAAGUCUUCGUUUAGCCACUCCUAUAAACGGCUACAUUCUUCGGGACCCGUUUCCGAAGAAAACAUAACACGGUACUGUGUCGGGGGCUACCACCCUGUGAGAAUUGGAGACUUGUUCCGUGACGGCAAAUAUAAAAUCAUCAGCAAACUUGGAUAUGGUGUUUAUUCCACCGUCUGGCUUGCCUUUGAUCUCGAGUCGGAGCGGCAUGUUGCGCUCAAGAUUCUCACAGCCGACUCUUUCGGACAUGGAAACGACACCUUUGAAAUCGAUAUUCUCAAACGCAUACGAAGUGAGAUUGCCUCCGACCCCGGAAGACACCAUAUUCUUCCGCUGCUUGAUAACUUCAAGCAUGAUGGUCCAAAUGGAAAUCAUGCCUGCCUUGUCUUCCCGGCCAUGGGCCCGGAUAUGUCCAAGUACAGGCGACUUUUCCCAAAUCUGAGAAUUCCCUUGCCUCUCAUGAAGGAUAUUUCAAGACAAUUUCUGCUCGCUCUAUCGUAUUUACACGACACAUGUCAAGUCAUACACACGGUCUCAGACAUAAAGCCUCAAAAUAUCCUAAUUCAGACUUCUGCCAUAAAGAAUAUGUUCAAGCACGCACCGUCUGAAGCAUUUAAGCCAGACAGCUUAGCGCUGCCUCCUCCGCUGGACUUUUACACUGAAUCUGCUCAAGUCUCCUCCGCGGAAGAAGAUUUAGCUCACUCGACCGACAUCUCCAUUAUGUUGGCAGAUUUUGGUACAGCAAGCUGGUUCGAAAGGCACCUCACAGAGUGGAUCCAGCCUCAAAUGCUGCGAGCUCCCGAGGUGAUACUCGAAGCGAAUUGGGAUCACAAGGUUGAUGUAUGGAAUCUGGGACUAAUUAUAUGGGAACUUGCAGAGGGACGACUUCUGUUCGAUGGCAUGUGGACUCCGAGUGGCCCGUAUUCACCUGAAGCUCAUUUAGCUCAAAUAACUGCCGUGUUUGGCAGUAUACCCAGGCCAUUAUUAGAUCGAUCGAAGAAUCGACAUCGAUAUUUUGACACUGACGGUAUGGAUACCCUGCAACCUGGUUAG